AUGCUGUGGCUGCUGUUCCUUUCUCUUCCCUGCCUAGAGGGUUCUGUUCCUGUGACCCCAGAUCUUGACCCAGGGACUGAGCUUGUGGGCAUCAUCGGGGGGCAUGAUGCCCCACCUGGGAAGUGGCCAUGGCAGGUGGGCCUGUGGGUCAACCUAAUAGGUAACCGAUGGAAGCUGUAUUGUGGGGGCUCCCUCAUCCACCCACAGUGGGUGCUGACUGCUGCCCACUGCAUUCGAGGGAGAAACUCAGCGCCUUUUAACUUUAAGGUCCAAGUAGGACGAGUGCGAUCCUCGGACAAUCACACUGUGAAGGUGGCUAAGGUCAUCUGCCAUCCCAAGUACAACGUUUCACAGGAAGCAUCUGGUGGAGCGGAUGUGGCACUUCUCAAACUGGUGGCUCCCGUGACACUGUCUAACCUAGUCAAGUGGGUAGCCCUCCCACCAGCAUCAUUCACGGUACCCCCAGGCAGGAGGUGCUGGGUGACUGGCUGGGGUGACAUCAAUUCCUCAGUGCCGUUGCCCCCUCCCUACCAUCUGCAGGAGGUGGAGGUCCCAAUUAGGGCGGAUGAGUUCUGUAGGCGGCAAUACCGCAAGAUCAACCGGUUUAUCAAGGAUGAUAUGCUGUGUGCAGGGAGCAAGGGCCAGGAUUCCUGCCAGGGAGACUCUGGGGGCCCCCUGGUCUGUAACUGGAGGGGCACCUGGUUCCAGGUGGGAGUGGUGAGUUGGGGGAAGGGAUGUGGUCUUUCCAACUUCCCCGGAGUCUACACCCGAGUGACAUACUACUUGUCCUGGAUCUACCACUAUGUCCACUCCUCUCCUCGAGCUAUGGGCAGAAACAAGGAUGCUGUCAGCAUGAGUUGAAGACCAGCCCUCCAGGGUGUUUGGGGGACCUUUACUACUCCUUCCCCAAGGCCAGCUUUUCAUUGCACCUAGUGUCCUCCUCCAUUUCCCUGCUCUGAGACUCUCCUGCCCCUAAGACCUCCCUCAGCAUCUUGUCUCUUCCUUGACAGCCAUAAAAGAGAGGAGGUACUGUGCCCUGAAGUGGGGCCGGGGUGGGAGGAGCAUUCCAGGACCCCUGCCUCCUGACUGUUCU